AUGCCACCAGUGAGAAGAAGAAAGACGCCUCGCGAAAAACUGCGCGACUACAAUAAGAAAAAUGCAGAGGAUCCCACCCUAAUACACAAAGGAGAACGCUGUCCCGACGCGAAAAUUUGCGUCUUAUCGCGUGUCAUGUGGAUCCGAGGGGAGAACAACUUUGCGGACGCCGUUGUGGUUUCGGGUCCUACUCUCGCCGGCGAAGACCAACGCGAGAGGAUCGUGGUUGCAGAGAAUGCGACUAGUCGAUACCACUGGCAUACGUAUUUUGUUCGAUAUUUGAAUUCUGGGGACACUCAGUCUCGUGUCUCGGAUAGGCCAGUGGCGGAGGCGGAUCUGGUUGAGAGAGCCUAUCCUAAUCCGAGAGUAGAUCGAACAGGCUCUGCAAAUACUUAG